AGAAAAAGACAUUCAAAGAAACUCUUAUAUAUGGGCAACCCUAAGAUCAUGUAGGCACUGCCUGUAAGGAGUACAAGAAUUCAUAGUCCACGUUUUUGCUCUUCAAUGUGGGGAGAAAUCUUUAUCGGAGUUUAGAUUUUAGAGGUUUGCGAGACUAAUCUUCUAACUUUGCGCUUCCUUUUGGAGGUUUUGCGAGGCUUUACCGAUUUCCUUUAUCGAUCUUCCUUCAAUUUGACGACCAUCGAGUGCAUUUGAACUUGUGACCGUCUUCUUCUUCUUUCCGCUGGGUAGCCAUGUCGAAACUGGAGAAGCAUGUUUCCAUUGAUGCGCAGUUGAGGCUCGUGGUGCCCGGGAAAAUCUCCGAUGAUGAUAAGUUGGUGGAAUAUGAUGCAAUUCUUCUGGAUCGGUUCCUUGACAUUCUUCAAGCAUUGCAUGGUGACGACAUCCGUGAGACGGUGCAAGAUUGCUAUGAGUUUUCAGCAGAGUACGAGGGGCAGCAUGAUCCUCAGAAGCUUGAGGAGCUUGGCAAUAUGCUGACGAGUUUGGAUCCAGGAGAUUCUAUUGUUGUAGCUAAGUCCUUUUCUCACAUGCUUAACUUGGCAAACCUAGCCGAAGAGGUGCAGAUCGCAUACAGAAGGAGAAUCAAGCUUAAAAAGGGUGAUUUUGUGGAUGAGAAUUCAGCUGCCACUGAAUCAGAUAUUGAGGAGACCAUUAAGAGGCUGGUGGUGCAAUUAAAGAAAUCUCCUGAAGAAGUUUUUGAUGCCCUUAAGAAUCAGACUGUUGAUUUGGUCCUCACUGCACAUCCAACUCAGUCGGUUCGCCGAUCAUUGCUCAAGAAGCAUGGAAGGAUUCGCAAUUGUCUUAUUCAAUUGAAUGCAAAGGACAUUACCCCUGAUGACAAGCAGGAGCUGGAUGAGGCUCUCCAGAGAGAGAUUCAAGCAGCAUUUCGAACUGAUGAAAUCCGGCGAACUCCACCAACACCUCAAGAUGAGAUGCGAGCUGGGAUGAGUUAUUUCCAUGAGACAAUUUGGAAGGGUGUCCCCAAGUUCUUACGUCGAGUUGAUACAGCUUUGAAAAACAUAGGGAUAAAUGAGCGAGUGCCUUAUAAUGCUCCUCUUAUUCAAUUUUCUUCUUGGAUGGGGGGUGAUCGUGAUGGAAAUCCUCGAGUGACUCCUGAAGUGACGAGGGACGUGUGCUUGUUGGCUAGAAUGAUGGCUGCUAACUUAUACUACUCUCAAAUAGAAGAUCUAAUGUUUGAGUUAUCUAUGUGGCGCUGCAGUGAUGAGCUACGGCUUCGAGCAAAUGAACUACAUAGCUCUUCACGAAAAGAUGCAAAACAUUAUAUAGAAUUUUGGAAAAAAAUUCCUCCAAAUGAGCCUUAUCGAGUUAUACUUGGGGAGGUUAGAGAUAAGUUGUACAAUACCAGGGAGCGUUCUCGCCACUUGCUAGCCCAUGGACUUUCUGAUAUUCCUGAGGAAGCAACUUUUACGAACGUUGAGCAGUUUCUCGAACCUCUUGAGCUAUGUUAUAGAUCACUCUGUGCGUGUGGUGACCAGCCAAUUGCCGAUGGCAGCCUUCUGGAUUUCUUGCGACAGGUUUCAACAUUUGGUCUCUCACUCGUACGUCUAGAUAUCAGACAGGAGUCUGACAGGCAUACUGAUGUUAUGGAUGCAAUUACUAAGCACUUAGGAAUAGGUUCAUACCGUGAUUGGCCAGAGGAACAGCGUCAAGGAUGGCUGCUGUCGGAACUCCGUGGAAAGCGACCAUUGUUUGGUCCAGACCUUCCAAAAACUGAAGAAAUUGCUGAUGUGCUCGAAACACUUCAUGUGAUUGCCGAACUACCCUCUGAUAAUUUUGGAGCAUACAUUAUCUCAAUGGCCACAGCUCCAUCAGAUGUUCUUGCUGUUGAGCUUUUGCAACGUGAAUGCCAUGUGAAAAAACCACUGAGAGUGGUUCCAUUGUUUGAGAAACUUGCUGAUCUUGAAGCUGCACCUGCUGCUGUAGCUCGGCUCUUUUCAAUUGACUGGUACAGGAACAGGAUAAAUGGGAAGCAAGAGGUUAUGAUUGGAUAUUCAGACUCUGGCAAGGAUGCUGGAAGACUAUCAGCUGCCUGGCAGCUAUACAAAGCUCAGGAGGAGCUUGUAAAAGUUGCCAAGCAAUAUGGUGUCAAGUUGACAAUGUUCCAUGGUAGAGGAGGAACAGUUGGAAGAGGUGGUGGACCUACUCAUCUUGCCAUCCUGUCUCAGCCACCUGAUACUAUUCAUGGAUCUCUUCGCGUCACUGUCCAAGGUGAAGUUAUAGAGCAGUCAUUUGGAGAGGAGCAUUUAUGUUUCCGUACACUCCAGCGUUUCACUGCUGCUACCCUUGAGCAUGGGAUGCAUCCUCCAGUUCCACCUAGGCCAGAGUGGCGUGCUUUGAUGGAUGAAAUGGCUGUGGUGGCAACUAAGGAGUAUCGAUCUGUUGUAUUUCAAGAACCACGUUUUGUGGAAUAUUUCCGUCUUGCAACUCCAGAGCUGGAAUAUGGACGAAUGAACAUUGGAAGCCGACCAUCCAAGCGUAAACCUAGUGGGGGAAUAGAAUCACUUCGUGCAAUCCCAUGGAUUUUUGCUUGGACACAGACUAGAUUUCAUCUUCCUGUUUGGUUAGGCUUUGGAGCAGCAUUCAAACAUAUUCUUGACAAGGACAUCCGGAAUCUUAGCAUGCUACAAGCCAUGUACAAUGAAUGGCCGUUUUUCAGGGUUACACUUGAUUUAGUGGAAAUGGUAUUUGCAAAGGGCGAUCCUGGCAUUGCUGCGCUAUAUGACAAGUUGCUGGUAUCUGAAGACCUUUGGGCAUUUGGGGAGCGUCUGCGUGCAAACUAUGAGGAAACCAAAAGCCUCCUUCUUCAGGUUGCUGGCCACAAGGAUCUUCUUGAAGGAGAUCCCUACCUGAGACAGAGGCUGAAAUUGCGAGAUUCAUACAUCACAACACUCAAUGUGUGCCAAGCAUGCACUCUGAAACGUAUCCGUGAUCCCAAUUUCCAUGUGAAGGUGAGGCCUCAUAUAUCAAAGGAGAUCAUGGAGUCAAACAAAGCAGCUGCAGAGUUGGUUAACCUGAACCCGGCAAGUGAGUAUGCUCCAGGCCUGGAGGACACCCUUAUAUUGACCAUGAAGGGAAUAGCUGCUGGAAUGCAAAACACUGGUUAAGGUGGACUGUGGCCUCUUGUUUGGCUUAAGCUCUGUUAAGAGAACUUUUUAUUUACUCCCCUUAGGAUCUGUGUAAUCUGGGGAUAUAUAGUUUCUUGAGCGGUCUGUUUGUGUUGAGGAGGGGUUUUGCUGCUAAACACUCCUCUUGCCUAAAGUUGCUUGUAAGACUUCUUUUUUGUUCCUACAAGUAUUUAUUAGUAAUCCGUUAAUUAUCUA